CCCGCCGCAGCGCACUGCGUCGCGUUUAUAUCGAACCGAUAUCACAAAUACGCUUAUCACUGCGAUCUUGAUUAGUGGCGCUUUCCAAACUGUGUUACGGCCAAAAUUAACAACUGUUCUAAUCUGUCAAUUUGUGUUUGAUGCACAAAGAACCAACGGUAUUAUAAAUAUGUUGUGCUAGUGUUUACAUUCGUGACUCUCUCAGUUUGUUCAUUCGUGUUAAGUAGUAAUUUUCGACAGAAACAAGUAGUAAACACAUACGCCAGGAACGAGCUCGGAAGGGGUCCUAUUUAUACAGCAACUUUGCUUAUAGUGAUAAUAAGGAGCUUUACCGAGAAACACUUUGCCGAUAUUAACAUUUAGGAGCGUGGGUUGAUUGUGUAAUAUAAAUACGAAACGUUUGAUCUGAGCUGAAUUUCUUAUUACUCACGUGGAUUGCUAUGAGGCUGGAAGGUACUAUGGAGAAUGGAUCUGCACAAGUAGUACGGGGAUCUGUAGGUCAUAGAAAUGAGUACGGGAAAGGAGACAGGACAACGGCAGCUCCUAAUGUAAUAUUUGUAAACAGGUCACUACACUUAGAAAAUGUUAAGUUCUAUGGAUUUGAUAUGGACUACACAUUGGCUGAGUACAAAUCACCACAAUACGAAAUGUUAGGAUUUAAUUUAACCAAAGAAAGAUUAGUUGAAAAGGGGUAUCCUAAGGAAAUAUUAGAAUUCGAAUAUGAUCCUUCUUUUCCUGUCAGAGGUCUAUGGUUCGACACGUUGUAUGGUAACCUAUUGAAAGUAGAUGCUUACGGUAACAUAUUAGUGUGUGUGCAUGGAUUUGAAUUUUUGAAGCAUUCACAAGUAUACGAGCUGUAUCCUAAUAAGUUCUUAACGCUAGAUGAAUCCAGAGUGUAUGUUCUGAAUACACUGUUUAAUUUGCCGGAAACGUAUUUAAUAGCGUGCCUUAUAGAUUACUUCACUAACUCGCAUCAGUACACAAGGGACAAGACUGGCGUAAGAUGUGGGGAUUUGAUGAUGUCGUUUAAAUCCAUUUUCCAAGACGUGCGCAACGCUGUCGACUAUAUUCACCUCCACGGGGACCUCAAGUCCAAAACAAUCGAGGACAUUGAGCAAUAUCUGAAGAAGGAUGAAAGACUACCAAUGUUCCUCUCUAGAAUCAGAGAGAGCGGAGCUAAAGUGUUCAUUCUUACAAACAGUGAAUAUAACUUUACUGACAAAAUUAUGACGUAUUUGUUUGAUUUUCCACACGGAGCCAAGCCCGGAGAGCCACACAGAUGUUGGCGGACAUAUUUCGACUGGAUUGUCGUAGACGCAAAGAAACCAUUGUUCUUCGGCGAAGGCACCACGCUGAGACAAGUUGACACUCAGACAGGAGCUCUCAAGAUGGGCAUUCACGUUGGUCCAUUGCAGCAUGAUGUCGUUUAUUCUGGAGGAUCAUGCGAUGUAUUCACAGAACUGAUAGGAGCUAAAGGUAAAGACGUAUUAUACGUUGGAGACCACAUAUUCGGUGACAUUCUUAAGUCCAAGAAAAUCGGCGGAUGGCGCACUUUUCUCGUGGUACCAGAGCUGGUACAGGAGUUACAUGUAUGGACAGACAAAUGCCAAUUGUUCGCGCAAUUACAGAAUUUGGAUGUACAGCUGGGAGAUAUGUACAAAGAUUUGGACUCGAGUACAAAAGAGAAACCGGAUAUUACAAAGCUGCGUAUGUCCAUCCGUGACGUCACGCACAAAAUGGACCUCGCGUAUGGUAUGCUUGGGUCACUCUUCCGGUCUGGAUCAAGGCAAACUUUCUUCUCCUCACAGGUCGUUAGGUACGCGGACCUGUAUGCGGCGUCACUCCUGAACUUGAUGUACUACCCGUUCUGCUACAUGUUCCGCGCGCCCGCUAUGCUCAUGCCUCACGAGUCCACCGUUGCGCACGAACAACAUUUCACCAUCGACUCACCUGCUAUAGACAGAUCGAGAGGUCCCGCACACCAGACGCGAGCUUACAACGCUGUCGGUUUGCAUGACGAGGACACAACAUCUGAGGAAACAGAACAAUUAACAAAGGUCUCCGACAAAAACGUCAUGCACCCAGUGGAAUCUAAGCAUGCAAAAGACUUACGGACUUCGGUACCGCACACGAGGCCCGAAACACCUCGUCAGUUGACGCACACGCACGACGACGAUUGCUCUGACGAGGAGGAGGUCAAGAAAUAAGCACCUUCAUACCCUUUUCUGGUUGCAGAACGAGUCAAUUUCAACAUUGUCGCAGCUCAAUUUGAACAGCAGGUGUUCUAUGCGGCCUAGCUAGAUAAAUAAAAAAUAAGUAAGCUUUACUCUGAUCUUUAUUCCGUUAAUCAAUGCAGUAACGAUUGUUAUAACUAUAGUAAUUUUAACUUUAAAAGUCCAGAACGGGUUGGUGUGACUUAUACCAGUCAAGGAUGAUAGAAUUGGAAUGUGCUCUUCCAAAAAUCUUGUUGUUAAUGUUUUACGUAGUAUCUACGAAUAGCUCCCAGUUAUAAUCAGGGCGCUGUUAUACGCGUUGUUUAAAUACAUUUUAGAAAUCACACUGGGAUUACCAUUUAUUUUAAAGUUCGAACUCAUGUAUUGGAAACGUACGCAGUUAAUGGUAACAAUAGUUGUUUAGUAUCAAAAAAUGUAACUAGCACUUUUAAAUCUUAAUAAUAAUUUUGACAAUUUGAGGCUAUUUUUUUGGUAUACAGUAAGCUAACAUUAACAGGAGCGCAGUAAAUAAGUCGGUACCAUUUCAAAAUAUGUAAUGGUGUGGUACAAAUAAAGCAUUUUGAAAUUGUGAUUGCAUGUUUUUUGCACGAUUUACCGAUUAUGUGAAUCUGAUCUAUUAUAUGAGAAUUCUGUUUUGAUAGACGAGUUCAGUUUUACGUGAAAUAUUUGAUCGAGUUUUGUUUUAAAGUUAUGGGAAUUAUAAUUGUUAUGUUUGUAUAUCUUUUUAAAUAUGAUAUAUUUUUUAUACCCUCUGUUUUGGAUUUUGUUUACGAUUUAUAAGUUUGUACCAAAUCAGGUGAAGUUAAAAACGCUGUAAUAAGGAUAUUAAGAGCAGUCUUGAAAUAACUUUAGAAAGCAAAAUAAGAGUAUAAUGUUGACUUUCAAUGAAACAAAUUACCUACUGUCUGGGUAAAGUGGUAAAAAAGAAUUUAAUAAUCUAGAAAUGUUAAAGGGUUUC